CAGGGCGGCGGUGCUGCGCGGGGACGCGGGUGACGCCGGGGCGCGGGCGGCUCCGAGCAGCAACCACCCCGUGUGUCUCUAGAACCCCCAGUGUAGCAAGCUGGAGAGAGGACUGUCCUGAGGGCAGCAGGCCUGGUUGCAGCUGGUGUGGCGGUCUCAGGAUGGAGCCUUCAGCCCUGAGGAAAGCUGGCUCGGAGCAGGAGGAGGGAUUUGAGGGGCUGCCCAGAAGGGUCACUGACCUGGGGAUGGUCUCUAAUCUCCGGCGCAGCAACAGCAGCCUCUUCAAGAGCUGGAGGCUGCAGUGCCCCUUUGGCAACAAUGACAAGCGAGAAAGCCUCAGUUCAUGGAUUCCUGAAAACAUCAAGAAGAAAGAAUGCGUGUAUUUUGUGGAAAGUUCCAAACUGUCUGAUGCUGGGAAGGUGGUGUGUCAGUGUGGCUACACGCGUGAGCAGCACUUGGAGGAGGCUACCAAGCCCCACACCUUCCAGGGCACACAGUGGGACCCAAAGAAACAUGUCCAGGAGAUGCCAACAGAUGCCUUUGGUGACAUCGUCUUCACGGGCCUGAGCCAGAAGGUGAAAAAGUACGUCCGAGUCUCCCAGGACACGCCCUCCAGCGUGAUCUACCACCUCAUGACCCAGCACUGGGGGCUGGACGUCCCCAAUCUCUUGAUCUCGGUGACCGGGGGGGCCAAGAACUUCAACAUGAAGCCGCGGCUGAAGAGCAUUUUCCGCAGAGGACUGGUCAAGGUGGCUCAGACCACAGGGGCCUGGAUCAUCACAGGGGGGUCCCACACCGGCGUCAUGAAGCAGGUAGGUGAGGCGGUGCGGGACUUCAGCCUGAGCAGCAGCUACAAGGAAGGCGAGCUCAUCACCAUCGGAGUCGCCACCUGGGGCACUGUCCACCGCCGCGAGGGCCUGAUCCAUCCCACGGGCAGCUUCCCCGCUGAGUACAUACUGGAUGAGGACGGCCAAGGGAACCUGACCUGCCUAGACAGCAACCACUCUCACUUCAUCCUCGUGGACGACGGGACCCAUGGCCAGUACGGGGUGGAGAUUCCUCUGAGGACCAGGCUGGAGAAGUUCAUAUCGGAGCAGACCAAGGAAAGAGGAGGCGUGGCCAUCAAGAUCCCCAUCGUGUGCGUGGUGCUGGAGGGCGGCCCGGGCACAUUGCACACCAUCUACAAUGCCACCACCAACGGCACCCCCUGCGUGGUCGUGGAGGGCUCGGGCCGCGUGGCCGACGUCAUUGCCCAGGUGGCCAACCUGCCUGUCUCGGACAUCACUAUCUCCCUGAUCCAGCAGAAACUGAGCGUGUUCUUCCAGGAGAUGUUUGAGACCUUCACGGAAAGCAGGAUUGUCGAGUGGACCAAAAAGAUCCAAGAUAUCGUCCGGAGGCGGCAGCUGCUGACUGUCUUCCGGGAAGGCAAGGAUGGUCAGCAGGACGUGGAUGUGGCCAUCCUGCAGGCCUUGCUGAAAGCCUCACGGAGCCAAGACCACUUUGGCCACGAGAACUGGGACCACCAGCUGAAAUUGGCAGUGGCAUGGAAUCGCGUGGACAUUGCCCGCAGUGAGAUCUUCACGGAUGAGUGGCAGUGGAAGCCUUCAGAUCUGCACCCCACGAUGACGGCUGCACUCAUUUCCAACAAGCCUGAGUUCGUGAAACUCUUCCUGGAGAAUGGGGUGCAGCUGAAGGAGUUCGUCACCUGGGACACCUUGCUCUACCUGUAUGAGAACCUGGAGCCCUCCUGCCUGUUCCACAGCAAGCUGCAGAAGGUGCUGGCCGAGGAGACCGAGCGCCUGGCUUGCGCGCCCGCGGCGCCCUGCCUGCAGAUGCACCACGUGGCCCAGGUGCUGCGGGAGCUGCUGGGGGACUUCACGCAGCCGCUUUACCCCCGGCCCCGGCACAGCAACCGGCCGCGGCUCCUGCUGCCCGUGCCCCACGUCAAGCUCAACGUGCAGGGAGUGAGCCUCCGGUCCCUCUACAAGCGUUCCUCAGGCCAUGUGACCUUCACCAUGGACCCCAUCCGCGACCUUCUCAUUUGGGCCAUCGUCCAGAACCGUCGGGAGCUGGCAGGAAUCAUCUGGGCUCAGAGCCAGGACUGCAUCGCAGCAGCCUUGGCCUGCAGCAAGAUCCUGAAGGAGCUGUCCAAGGAGGAGGAGGACACGGACAGCUCGGAGGAGAUGCUGGCGCUGGCAGAGGAGUAUGAGCACAGAGCCAUCGGGGUCUUCACUGAGUGCUACCGGAAGGACGAAGAGAGAGCUCAGAAACUGCUCACCCGCGUGUCCGAGGCCUGGGGGAAGACCACCUGCCUGCAGCUCGCCCUGGAGGCCAAGGACAUGAAGUUUGUGUCUCACGGGGGCAUCCAGGCCUUCCUGACCAAGGUGUGGUGGGGCCAGCUCUCCGUGGACAAUGGGCUGUGGCGUGUGACCCUGUGCAUGCUGGCCUUCCCGCUGCUCCUCACCGGCCUCAUCUCCUUCAGGGAGAAGAGGCUGCAGGAGGUGGGCGCCCCCGCGGCCCGCGCCCGUGCCUUCUUCACCGCGCCCGUGGUGGUCUUCCACCUGAACAUCCUCUCCUACUUUGCCUUCCUCUGCCUGUUCGCCUAUGUGCUCAUGGUGGAUUUCCAGCCUGUGCCCUCCUGGUGCGAGUGUGCCAUCUACCUCUGGCUCUUCUCCUUGGUGUGCGAGGAGAUGCGGCAGCUCUUCUAUGACCCUGAUGAGUGCGGGCUGAUGAAGAAGGCAGCCUUGUACUUCAGUGACUUCUGGAAUAAGCUGGACGUCGGCGCAAUCUUGCUCUUCGUGGCAGGGCUGACCUGCAGGCUCAUCCCAGCGACGCUGUACCCCGGGCGCGUCAUCCUCUCUCUGGACUUCAUCCUGUUCUGCCUCCGGCUCAUGCACAUUUUUACCAUCAGUAAGACGCUGGGGCCCAAGAUCAUCAUUGUGAAGCGGAUGAUGAAGGACGUCUUCUUCUUCCUCUUCCUGCUGGCUGUGUGGGUGGUGUCCUUCGGAGUGGCCAAGCAGGCCAUCCUCAUCCACAACGAGCGCCGGGUUGACUGGCUGUUCCGAGGGGCCGUCUACCACUCCUACCUCACCAUCUUCGGGCAGAUCCCGGGCUACAUCGACGGCGUGAACUUCAACCCGGAGCACUGCAGCCCCAACGGCACCGACCCCUACAAGCCCAAGUGCCCCGAGAGCGACGCGACGCAGCAGAGGCCGGCCUUCCCCGAGUGGCUGACGGUCCUCCUACUCUGCCUCUACCUGCUCUUCACCAACAUCCUGCUGCUCAACCUCCUCAUCGCCAUGUUCAACUACACCUUCCAGCAGGUGCAGGAGCACACGGACCAGAUCUGGAAGUUCCAGCGCCACGACCUGAUCGAGGAGUACCACAGCCGCCCCGCCGCGCCGCCCCCCUUCAUCCUCCUUAGCCACCUGCAGCUCUUCAUCAAGAGGGUGGUCCUGAAGACUCCAGCCAAGAGGCACAAGCAGCUCAAGAACAAGCUGGAGAAGAAUGAGGAGGCGGCCCUGCUAUCCUGGGAGAUCUACCUGAAGGAGAACUACCUCCAGAACCAGCAGUUCCAGCAAAAGCAGCAGCCUGAGCAGAAGAUCGAGGACAUCAGCAAUAAGGUUGACGCCAUGGUGGACCUGCUGGACCUGGACCCACUGAAGAGGUCGGGCUCCAUGGAGCAGAGGUUGGCCUCCCUGGAGGAGCAGAUGGCCCAGACAGCCCGAGCCCUGCACUGGAUCGUGAGGACGCUGCGGGCCAGCGGCUUCAGCUCGGAGGCGGACAUCCCCACUCUGGCCUCCCAGAAGGCCACAGAGGAGCCGGAUGCUGAGCUGGGAGGCAGGAAGAAGACGGAGGAGCCGGGCGACAGCUACCACGUGAAUGCCCGGCACCUCCUCUACCCCAAUUGCCCCAUCACGCGCUUCCCCGUGCCCAACGAGAAGGUGCCCUGGGAGACGGAGUUCCUGAUCUAUGACCCACCCUUUUACACGGCAGAGAGGAAGGACGCGGCCGCCACGGACCCUGUGGGAGACACCCUGGAGCCGCUGUCCACGAUCCAGUACAACGUGGUGGAUGGCCUGAGGGACCGCCGGAGCUUCCACGGGCCGUACACAGUGCAGGCCGGGUUGCCCCUGAACCCCAUGGGCCGCACGGGACUGCGUGGGCGCGGGAGCCUCAGCUGCUUCGGACCCAACCACACGCUGUACCCCAUGGUCACGCGGUGGAGGCGGAAUGAGGACGGAGUCAUCUGCAGGAAGAGCAUAAAGAAGAUGCUGGAAGUGCUGGUGGUGAAGCUCCCUCUCUCCGAGCACUGGGCCCUGCCUGGGGGCUCCCGGGAGCCAGGGGAGACGCUGCCUCGGAAGCUGAAGCGGAUCCUCCAGCAGGAGCACUGGCCGUCUUUUGAGAAUUUGCUAAAGCGCGGCAUGGAGGUGUACAAAGGCUACAUGGACGACCCGAGGAACACGGACAAUGCCUGGAUCGAGACGGUGGCCGUCAGCAUCCACUUCCAGGACCAGAACGACGUGGAGCUGAACAGGCUGAACUCUAACCUGCACGCCUGCGACUUAGGGGCCUCCAUCCGAUGGCAGGUGGUGGACAGGCGCGUCCCGCUAUAUGCGAACCACAAGACCCUCCUCCAGAAGGUGGUGGCUGAGUUCGGGGCUCACUACUGACUGUGCACUCAGGCCGGGCGUUUCCAGUCCAUAGACGGUCCCCCCAGAAACCAGGGCUUCUCUCUCCUGAGCGUGUCCAGGACUCAGGCUGAUCCUGGGCCCUGCGCAUGAUGGGGUUUGGUGGACCCACUGCCCCUCACGGCCGCUGCAAGUCUGCCACAGAUGACCGCAUGAACUGGACGGGGUCAAGGUGACACGGGAGGAGAGCUCAAUACAGGGCACAGGCUACUCAGAGUUGAGGGGCCCCUGGGACCCUUGGCCAUCAGGCGAGGGGCUGGGCCUGUGCAGCUGGGCCCUUGGCCAGAGUCCACUCCCUUCCUGGCUGUGUCACCCCGAGCAGCUCACCGUGGAGGUCAUCAGCCUGAGGCAAGUUCCCCGGAGAGUCGGGGUCCCCUGUGGCCGCCUCAGGCCUAUGUCUGUGACGAAGGGGCCCUGCCACUCUCCCCAAGAGGGCCUCCAUGUUUCGAGGUGCCUCAACAUGGAUCCUUGCCUGGCCUGGGCUAGGGGCACCGUCUGAACUCCUGGCUGUCAGGAUAAGCUCUGUGGGGGUACAGGAGCCCAGAGAAAGCCCGGGCCUGUCAAGAGACGCAGAGGGCCCCUGCCAGGGUUGGCCCCAGGGACCCUGGGACGAGGCUGCAGAAGCUCUCCCUCCCUACUCCCUGGGAGCCACGUGCUGGCCACGCCCAGGAAGGAGGGACGGCAUGGGCAGGAGGCGGGGACGUGGGGGCCUCCUGGUUUGGUGUCAACAGCUCACAGGAGCGUGAACCAUCAGGGCCCUCAGGAGGGGAAUGUGGUAAAACCCAAGAUGUGAAAUCUGCCAUCUCAGGCCUGGCUGGCUCUUCUGUGCUUUCCACAAAUAAAGUUCCUGACACAUUCAGGGCC